AUGGCUUCGUCCCUUCCGCCGAGUGAGCAAAAAGCCUGCUUCGGAUGUGCAACGGCGAAGAGGGCGUGCGACAAGCAGAAGCCGAGCUGCCAACGGUGCGUUGAAAAGGCUACUCGUUGUCAGUAUCCAACGACGCGUAGAUACCUCCGCUUGAGGCCAGCAAUAAACACCCCGAGCCGGCUACAGGGCUCGUCAAAACGAACGGGGCAUCUCGAUGUUCCAGAAAAUGACUGUGUGACGGAUCUGCCGACUCUGGACUCUCCGAUAACCAACCCUGUCACCCGCAAGCCCUGGUUCGUCGGUCUGGAGAACUGGACGAUUGAGAACAAGGGUACCACCACAUGCCGCUUCAGCUCAGGGCCUUCCCAUGGUUCCCCGCAACUUGGAGACUGGACAAGGAGUCUUUGGCAUUGGUUACGGCAGUGGGUUGACGAGGGCAGCAAUCCAUUCAUCCAUAAGCAGCUCUACUUUGAUACUGGCCUACCUCCAUGUCUCGAAGACGCAUGGACAACACUAACCGCGUACUUUUCCAAGACAGCCUUGAAUAAGCAUCUAGUAAUGCAGAUUAUCGAGCACCGUGUCGAUGCUCUUCUCCAAUCUCAGCCCCAUGACGAUACUUCGUUCAUGGCAGUGCCUAGCCUGCAGACUGUCCAACACUUGGCAAGGGUGCAGGCUCUCUUCAUCUACCAAUACCUCCAGUUCCACGAUGGGUGUAUUCGCCAGAGGGCAAUGGCAGAGCGGUACAUUCCAACCUUAAUGCUGUGGUGCGAGCAGCUUUGGCUAUCGGCUACUUUGGACGCAGUCCACAACGAGCAAUUCUUGACCACAAUGGAUCUGAGUGAGCCUGAUGCCAUGGCCGAAACCCUGGCUUCUAAGCACUGGAAGGCCUGGAUUCUCAGCGAAAGUCUGCGGCGGACAUGGCUCGUUUGCACAAGUACGAUAGCGUCGUAUCUCAGAGAAAGAGAUGGCUGGAACGAAUGCGCGGGUGAGAUUCGAUAUACGGCUUGUCGGGGAUUAUGGGAUGCAUCUUCGUCGGCAAUGUGGCUGGAGUUGAGCAGCAAGCGAGAUCCUCUAUUUGUCAGAAGCCUCCACGUCGAUGAGCUCCUGUUGAAGGUGGCCCCUACUGAGGUGGACGACUUCUCUGCUGUCCUCAUGCGGCUUCUAAUAAGCAAGGAUGUGAUGGAGAGCUGGGGUCGCGAGUGA